AGACGAGGGCUAUUUCCAUCCGGAGCCCGCAAUGACUUGCAGACCCUGCUGACUCUGGUGUGCGAGAUCUCCGCUUUCUCCCUCACCCCAACCCCUUUCCAUUGCGAAGGGACUUGGUACCCUUGGGAUCUCUUCGUGGAGAACCUCACUUCCUUCAUCGUGACAGAACAGCUUCAGCCCGUCUUUCCUCUCGUCAUGGCUGCCCUUCACAAAUAUGGGAAGUUUCCAGAAUCAAAAGACAUUCUACCCAAGACUGCCAAAACAUUUCUGGCCUCAGCUGUGAGGCUCUGGCAGGACGAGGGGAACCCCGAGGCCCUGGCCAGCUUCAUCCGCCAUGGAUUCCUCCACAAGAGGGAGGAGAAGUGGAUCUCCUUGCACCUCCUUGCGCUCGGCCUGCUGUGUCCCGCGCAGCCGCAGAGCCUCGACGGGCAGACGUGGAGAAGCGUGAAUAAGUUCAAGGGAUUCGCCCAGGAUGGGUCUUCCUCGCAGCCGGUCACCCUUUCGGAGUUCCUCCCUCCUUUGCCUCCUUUGAAGGAC